UAAUAUUCAUACAUAGUAUAUACCGGUCGUAUUCAAUCUUUUGAAAAUCAAAAUUUACAUUAAGAAUUGUUUAAUUGAAUGUAUUUUUUAUAUAUUAAUAAUUCUGCGGCAUUCAAUAUUAUUUUGUAAAAGAGAGAAAAAUGUUUAAAAAAUUUGACGAGAAAGAUAGCAUUUCUGGUAUGCAACAACUGAAAUCAUCAGUUCAAAAAGGAAUUCGGUCAAAACUUUUGGAGCUAUAUCCCCACUUAGAAGGUCAUGUAGAUGCUAUCAUUCCAAAAAAAGAUGCUUUCCGAAUUAUAAAAUGUCAUGACCAUAUAGAGAUUAUAGUAAAUGCAGCAGGAGAUCUUUUGUUUUUCCGUCAACGUGAAGGAUCUUGGAUGCCAACUUUAAGAUUGUUACAUAAAUACCCAUUUUUUUUACCAAUGCAACAAGUUGAUAAAGGUGCUAUCCGGUUCGUUCUUAGUGGAGCUAACAUUAUGUGUCCUGGUUUAACAUCAAAAGGUGCAAAGAUGACACCUGUAGAAAAGGGAACAGUUGUUGCUGUUAUGGCAGAGGGAAAGCAACAUGCUUUAGCUGUGGGUGUUACUACAUUGUCAACAGAAGAUAUAGUUAAGGUGAACAAAGGAAUAGGUAUAGAAAAUUGUCAUUAUUUAAAUGAUGGACUUUGGCAAAUGAAAUCUGUGAAAUAAAAGACUGAUGUACAUUAUUCAAGAUGUAUUAUACAGAUGUCUUGAUUGUUGUAUGAAUGCAUUUUUUGAUAUUUUUAAAAAAUGUGCUGUGAAAUGAUAAUUCUAAUUAUAAUAUUACUCUCAAAAUAAAAAAAAGAUUAAUAAUGCA